AUGGCUAACAAAUAUAAUAGCCCUAUUCUUUCCUCCUUCCUCCUCCUUUUGCUCACUCUUACUUUAACCACUGUUAUUGCUCAAGAUGACCAUGAUCAUGGCACAGUUCCUCCACCACCACCACCACCAGCAGCUCAUGAUGAUCAUGACCAUGAUCACGACCACGGCCCAACCCCUCCACCACCACCACCAGCUGCUCCCGUGACCAUAGUGAACAUAUUUGACACGGAUGCUAAACCAGUGGUAAGUGGCCAAAAGUACUACAUCCUCCCAGUCGUCCAACGCCGAGGUGGUGGCAUAGGAACAAGACCUAAAAAUGCCUACGAAGAUUGCCCUCUAAAUGUAGUCCAAGAGACAGACACAAAGGCUCUAGGCAUUCCUAUAACUUUCAAACCAAUCAAGUCCGGCUCCACCAAUAUUACAUUCUCCACAGACAUGAACAUAGCUUUUACAUCCUCUAAUGGAUGCAACCAAUCCCCUAUAUGGACAUUGAAGCCCGGAAACCAAAAAAACAAAACACAAUACGUGAUUCUUGGUGGUUCAAUUAACUUGCGUGGUCCUAACACCAUCAAGAGUUGGUUUAAGAUUGAGAGGUUUUUCCCAAGAUUUCAUUUUGAUUAUAAGUUGGUGUAUUGCCCUAGUGCUAAUGAUCUUCCCGGCUACAAAGAGGCCAUUUGCGGAGACUUGGGUGUUUAUGUUCAAGAAGAUGGAACUUGGCUUUUGGGUGUUGGUGCUCCACCUCUUAGAGUUAAGUUCAAGAAAGCUUAA